UCUACCUUCCAGCCAUUUUCGUUCAAAAUAUAUCCCAGAUAUUUCACCUGUUCUCGACAAAACUUUGACUUUUCCAUAGAGAUUGUCAAAUUUGCUUCACGUAGUUUGUUCGCCACUUCCUGCAAGCAGUGCAGAUGUUCUUCAAAUGUUCUGGAACAAAUAAUUAUAUCGUCAAGAUAGUGGAAUACAUGCGGCUCCAUAUCGGCGAAUAAAUGGGUCAUCAGCCUUGAUAACGCCUGACUGGCGGUACACAAUCCAAAUGGUACUACCCGAAAUUGAAAGUGCCCACGUGACGGAACCGUAAAUGCUGUUAAGGGUCUUGAUUUUUCAUGCAGUGGCAACUGCCAAAACGCAUCCUUCAGGUCCAGUGAGCUGAUAAAGGCGCAGCCGCCCAGAUUGUUGAUGAUGUUAGCCAUUUGGGGAAUUGGAUACCCUUCGUUGAUCAUGAUGCUAUUAAGAUGCCGAGCGUCCAGGCAAACCCUGUAGCUCCCAUUCUUCUUCUUCACUGUCACCAAGGGAUUGUUCCAGGGCGAGAAUCGCGCCUCCUCUAUAACUUGCAGAGACAACAUUCGAUCUAUUUCUUUAUUCACUUCUUGUAAGACAUACGGUGACAUCGGAUAAUAACGUUGUUUUUUUGGUACCGCCUCUCCUAUCUCUAUGCGAUGCUCGUACAUGCCUGUUCUACCUAAUUUGCCGUCUUUCGCUACUGGAAACCGGGAUAUGAUUUGAUCAAGCUGGACUUUUUCCAAUGCGCUCAACUGUUUCAUUGGUUCUUGUGAUUCAUCUCGAUGGUUCAGGUUAAUUGCACAGCAUACUGCUUUGAUAUUAAACCGAUUCCAAAAGUUCAUUCCUAGAAUGAAACAUUCAGGCAUUGAUGGAAUUAGUAGAACUGGAAUGGUUUCCGUUUUGUUGUUGUAGUGGAUCGGCAAUCGUGCAAAGUGCUCUACUUUGUGUUGGGUUCCAUCUGCUGUUUUGAUGCCAGCUCUUACCGUGCUCUUCCGUAACCCCAGAUCAUUCACCAUACUCACAUAUCUUCCACCCAUAAGUGAGCAGGUUGCUCCGCUGUCGAGUAACGCUGUUAACUCUUUUCCCAGGACGCUGAUUACGGCAUGUGGUCUGUUGUCUCCUCCGGGAUUGAUGAUGAGCGAAUUUAUCUGUGCAAACUCAGGAAUAUUUGAGGGGUCGUCGAACGUAAGCGAAGAACCAUUUCCCUCUAUUGCUGAUUCCCCGCAUGCGGGUUUUCCGCGUCUGGGGCCUGAGAAUAGCAACUUCUGGGCGGCUUGGUCGAUGCCGAACUUGGCUGUCCCAAUCUGAUGCAAAAGCAAAACAUUAGCCAUUUGGUAUUCCCUCAGAGAUGCUUCACUUACCGGUUCUUCUUGACUGCGUCCGAACCGUUGAAUUUCAGUGGGUGGUUUCACGUCGCAACGUUUCGUUGAGUGAUGUCCGCUCUCUAGAAUAAGGCUUUGGCUUAGCUUGUUUUCCUCCAAUGUUUAUCUUGUUAUAUUUACCCGAAUAGCUCCGUCUCUGGCAAAUUGGCCUCUCACGGCGGGAGGUGUCGGCCCCCUCACGUCCAGCGGAUCCUGUCCCGACUUUUCUGUCGGCUUUUCCCGGGUUCGCUUCCAGCGUUCUGCGUGCGACUGUGGGAGGAAAAUUGGUGAGUCGGAUGGUGUCGAAUUUGUUCGGCAGCUUUUCCGGCAAAUUUCUGCUACUGACCUGGCGUUCGUUGAUUGGUGAGUCCCGUGGCAGCUUCUCAACGGGCCAACAUCGGCAAACGGCAGAACCAACCGGAACAACUCGCGGGAAGAAAAAAACGCGAUGGCGACCGGCAGAGUAAAAGUGAUGUUGUAUUUUCCGCACUGUUUAUCAACACUUUCGUUAGGAUCUGUUUACCUUAUUUUGGUCAUAACAGAGCUAGGCGAUAUUGCACAUGCACUGAGAAAAAACGAUCGCAACAAAUAACAAAAUAUACAUAUGUUACACAGUUAAAAAAAAUGUAAACAAAAAUCAGCUGCCAGAUAGUGAUUUGCGAUUAAAACUUUUUUUUUUCCUUUGCUGUGUGUCACUCUCUAAAGUGACGGCUAAGACCAUUUAGCGAUUAAAACUUUUUAGUUCUCGUUUGUUCGAAAAAAUCCGUCUAAAAUGGAAAACAUCAUAGAAGUUUCUCUGGAGAAGUACACGGUGAUCAAGGGAAAUCUGAGUGCAGUUUGUCGCUGUUGCCUGUCCUCGGAUCGACUCGCGGAAAUAUUUACCGAUGGAACUGACAUGAAUCAGGAACUAGUUGAGUUACUUGAGCCCGGCUACAUUCCGGUUGAAAGCGGAGACGAGCUACCAAACUUUUUGUGUCAGAAAUGUUUGGAAAUAAUUCGAACCUGGCACCGUUUUCGGUUGCAGUGCGAGGAAAACUUUCGGUUGCUCAAGGAUAACGAGGGAAGCGUAUCGAAAGAUGUCGUAAACUUUGAGCCUGAACUUCACGCUAGCGGGCUGAUCGUGGAGGACGUUAAGAUAGAGCAUAUUUACAUGGAAGAACAAUUAGGCGACGUCGAGCCACAGGAUCAAAUUAACGCGCAUCUUACCAAAAAUGAAAUCGAUAUCGAUGAAACCAUCAAGCAGGAAGAACCUCCUGAAGAGGAAAGUUUCCUUGAGGAAGACCAAAUCAUUAAAAGUAAAAAGACUUCUAAACGACACAUCAGCAAACAACCCGCUUAUCUUCGACAAUGUCCCAUCUGUGGGUUGAUACUGAAACGAGGCCUUCAGGAGCAUAUUAUGGCACAUAAUGAUCCUACGGGACGACCCUUCAAGUGUGAAAUUUGCGAAAAAACCUACUGUAGGAAGGAAAAUCUGAAACUACACCGGCAACGAGAGCACAUGAAAAUCCGUUACCCGUGUGAGGUUUGUGGGAAGCAUUUCAGUACUAAAGAUAUUCUAUCGGUGCAUCGAAAAUUGCACAAUUCGGACGUGCGAUACGAUUGUGACCAGUGUGGAGCUGAGUUCAAAUCGAACAAGUAUCUCUACAAGCACAAGCAAAAACACCGAGGUGUCAAGAAGUUCAUUUGCAGCCAUUGCGGAAAAUCGUUUCUGGUUGGGGAAUAUCUCAAGGAUCACAUAAGAAUUCACACGGGAGAACGACCUUUCGAAUGUAAAAGCUGCGGCAAGAGUUUCCGUACUGCAAACCAUCUGAGACAGCAUGCGAGGAUACAUGCAAACAACGCAAAUUGACCAGCAUUAAUUUGCAGCUGUUGCUGAGGAAAAUCGUAAAUGGUUCGAUUGUUUCAACUAGUAUCGAUUUUUCUGUUGUUAGACUGUGUCAAAAUAACUUGUUAAGAUAAUCGAAAUUUUUUUUUCUUGUUCAUACUUUGUUUUUUAUCAUUAUUUUUCAACCAUCAUUAAAUCAUUAUCAUGUACAUCGUCGUUUUAACUCUUGCGUCAUUUUUUUCGAAAAGGGAAAAGCUUUAGCCUCUAUCCACACAA